AUGGAGAGGGAUGGGCAAAGGGAGAUGAUGGGGAAAGGGAGAGGGAUGGGCAAUAGGGGAGGGUUGGGGAAAGGGGAGAAAUGGGGAAAGGGAGAGGGAUUUGGAAAGGGGAGGAUAGGGAAAAGGGAGAGGGAUGAGGGAAGGGAGGGGAUGGUGAUAGGGAUAGGAAUUGACAAAGGUAGAUGGAUUGGGAAAGGGAGAGGGACGGGGAAAGGGGGAGGGCUGGGGAAAGGGAGAAGGAUGGGGAAUCGGAGAGGGAUAAGGACAAGAGGGGUUGGGGAAAGGGGGAGGGAUGAGGAAAGGGAGGGGAUUGGGAAAGGGAGAUGA